GUGUAACAGCUGUAAACACGCGGAGUGAACGUAGAUAUUGCAGUACUGUUCAAGCAUCCACAAUGUGCACGACUAUGGAAGAGCCACAAAAGUGAUAAUCUCUCCGUCAACUCAUUUGAAAGAGACAGUUUAGUAACGUCUAUGAAUCUUUGUGAAAUAGUGUAGAUACAGAAAAUAGAGAUGAUUGUGGAAUUUCUACUGCUGCUUUUGCUGGCAGCGUGUAUUUUUCAUUAUUAUACGAGGUGUGGAAGAGUCGCCAAACUGACCGAGAACAUACCGGGUGUACGGGCUUGGCCGAUCGUCGGCAGUCUACCAGGGCUCAUGAAAAGUCAAGAUGAAUUAUGGCCGAUUUUUCGAAAAAUGAGUAACGAUUACUAUCCAACGUACAAAUUUUGGACUACACACGAAGUUGUCAUUAACAUACGCCACCCGGAUGAUAUCGAGAUACUGUUAUCGAGUGUCCAGCAUUUAGAGAAAAGCACUGCUUACAAACUUCUGCAUCCUUGGCUCAAGACCGGGCUAUUGACAAGUGCCGGUAACAAAUGGCAAGCACGAAGAAAGAUAUUAACCCCUGCUUUUCACUUCAACGUUUUGAAGAAAUACAUGGAUAUUAUUGUUGAAAAUAGUGAACGAAUGGUCAGGUCUCUAAAAACUAAGGCUAGCGAUGGACCCAUCAUAGAUCUUCUUCAAUUCUCGACAAACUAUACCUUGAACGUUAUCUGUGAAACCGCAAUGGGCACUUCAUUGCACGGUAUGGAAGAAUUUCAAGAAAAGUAUCGUAAUGCGAUACAUAAAAUGGGAGACGUACUCAUUUAUAGAAUAGCAAGACCAUGGUUUCGCAAGGAAUCUACCUUUAAAUGGACGCAAAAAGGUCAAGAACAAACUGCCGCUUUGAAAGUUCUACAUGGGUUUUCAGAAAAAAUAAUAAGCGAAAGGAAAGAGUAUCACGAUCAAACGAAGUACAAUUAUUUGAAUCAAUUUAUGACGGAUGAGGUCAAUGAUGAAGAGGACAAUGAAAUCUAUGGAAUCAGGAAGAAACGAUUAGCUAUGCUGGAUUUGCUGAUUUCAUUGUUCAGAAAUGGACAGAUAGAUGACGAGGGUAUUCAAGAAGAAGUAGAUACCUUCAUAUUCGAGGGUCAUGACACAGCGGCUAUGGGUUUGAGUUUUGCGUUGCUACUACUUGCCGAACAUACAGAUUCUCAAAGUCGUGCAAGAGACGAGGUGAAGGAAAUGUUCAACAAAAGCGGCGGAAAGAUGGGAUAUUCCGAAAUCCAGCAAUUGCAGUAUCUGGAAAUGUGCAUCAAAGAAUCCCUUAGACUUUAUCCAAGUGUGCCUUUUAUAUCUAGACAGCUAAAAAAAGAUUUACAACUAAAGCAUUAUUUGAUACCGAGUGGGGCCAUUAUGCACGUACACAUCUACGAUCUUCACAGAGAUGCGAACUUCUGGCCAGAACCAGAAAAAUACGAUCCAGAGAGAUUUUCACCCGAUAGCAUAAGAAACCGUCAUCCCUUCUCUUACAUACCCUUCAGCGCUGGACCACGCAAUUGCAUCGGUCAAAGAUUCGCAAUGAUGGAAUUGAAAGCAUCAAUUGCUCAUCUCCUGCAUCAUUUCAUUCUGGAACCAAUUGAUUAUGCUCACGAAGUGCCGAUCCGAUCAGACUUGGUUAUUCGACCGGCUCGACCAAUUCGAAUAAAAUUCGUACCAAUCAAACAUGACGCACUUUUAUAACUGCACCGAUAAUGUAUCAAGAUAGACUUUUAUAAAAUAAAAAAAAAUCUCCGUCAAUCC